UUGGUCUCAGUGAUGGGGCAGUGAGGAUGUCAGAACUCCUCUGUCCCGUGUAGACUUUUCCUUUUUUUCCCCCCUCCUCUUCAGGGCUUUAAAUUAGUUUUAUCAUGUUGCGGGUUGUAGUGGAGUCGGCAAAGAAUAUCCCUAAAAAGAAACUUGGGAGCCCUGAUCCAAUUACAUCUGUAACUUUUAAAGAUGAGAAGAAGAAAACCAAAUUCAUUGACAARGAAGUGAAUCCUGUGUGGAAUGAGGUGCUUGAGUUUGACCUGAAGGGCACUUCGUUGGACCCUGGUUCCUUUCUAGACAUUGUUGUGAAAGACUACGAGACAAUUGGGAAAGAUAAAUUUCUUGGGUCCACCAAAAUCCCCCUGAGAGACCUUGCUUCGGGUCAAGUGAAAUCUUUGCCUUUUAAAAAUGUUCCUUUGGUCGAUGAAAGUGGACAGAAUAUUGGCGCUACAAUCAAUCUUGUGGUUGCCUAUGACCCACCAGCCAGUGCCUUACCAAACCCCAAUGACCCGCAAGGUGGAGAUGCUACAGUUGAUGCUGGAGGAGGAGGAGGUGGUGGGGAAGAAGGAGGCGAGACUCUACUUGAUGGGGCUCAAAGUGGCUCCUCAGGAACCGCCACAGCCUCUGGUCAGCCGGGUCUCCGCCAGAAGCUGGCCAGAGCACAGAGUCGCCACAGACUCGUAAACAAACCUCAGGACUUUCAGAUUCGUGUUCGAAUCAUCGAGGCCCGUCAGCUGUCCGGUAACAACGUCAAACCUGUGGUGAAGGUCAGUGUGGGCGGAGAGACCCACAGGACAAGAAUCAAGAAGGGAAACAAUCCUUUUUUUGAUGAGAUGUUCUUCUAUAAUGUCCACAUGCUGCCAACAGAUUUGUUUGAGCAGAACAUCAGUUUCCGGGUAUACAACUCAUAUUCAUUGAGAGCUGACAGUCUUAUGGGUGAAUUUAAGCUGGAUGUGGGUUUUGUCUAUGAUGAACCAGCCCACUGCGUUAUGAGGAAGUGGCUCUUGUUAAACGACCCGGAUGACUCCAGCUCUGGAGCUAAAGGCUACCUCAAAGUCAGCCUCUUCGUCGUUGGGACAGGAGAUGAGCCUCCGGUGGAAAAGAGGGAGUCUAAUGAUGACCAGGAUGACAUCGAGAGCAAUCUGCUGCUGCCAGCAGGUGUAACARUGCGGUGGGCAACUCUAUCACUAAAGGUCUUCAGAGCUGAGGACAUUCCACAGAUGGACGACGCAUUUGUUCAAASUUUAAAAGGGAUUUUUGGAGGAGAUGAAAGCAAGAAGAACCUGGUGGAUCCGUUUCUAGAAGCUCGAUUUGCUGGCAAAAAGUUGUGCACUCAGAUCAUUGAGAAGAAUGCAAAUCCAGAGUGGAAUCAAGUUUUGAACCUCCAAGUCAAAUUCCCAUCCAUGUGUGAGCGUGUCAAAUUGACAGUCUUCGAUUGGGAUCGUCUUACAGGAAAUGAUGCUGUUGGCACCACAUACCUGAACCUGGCCCAGAUAGCCUCCUCUGGUGGAGAAGUGGAAGAAGAACAUGCCAGAAAUGCGGAAAUAUCGCCAUAUGAAGCUACCUCGGGGGAAUCUGAGGUGGGAUUCCUGCCUGUGUUUGGACCCUGCUAUAUUAACCUUUAUGGAAGCCCCAGAGAGUUCAGCGGCCUGCCAGACCCCUAUGAGAARCUGAAUUUUGGCGAGGGAGAAGGCGUGGCCUACAGGGGCAGGAUUCUGGUGGAGCUGUCCACUAAGUUAGAGGGGAAAGUAGACAAAACUGUAGAAACUAUCCCCAGUGAUGACAUCCUGGUGGUGCAGAAGUACCAACGGAGGAGGAAAUACUGCCUGUGUGCAGUUUUCCACAGCGCUUCCAUGAUCCAGGAGCCCGGCGAACCAAUCCAGUUUGAGGUCAGCAUUGGUAAUUAUGGCAACAAACUGGACACCACGUGCAAACCCCUGGCCUCCACCACUCAGUACAGCUGUGCUGUUUUUGAUGGUAACCAGUAUUACUACCUGCCCUGGGCAAACACUAAGCCGGUGGUUGUGGUUACGUCAUUCUGGGAAGACAUCAGCCACCGCCUGAAUUCUGUCAACAUUAUCCUCUACAUCACUCACCGCCUGCAAUCAAACCUGAAGGCAUUUAAAACUGCCAUGUUGGCAAAAGUCUCUGACAACCAACUUGCAGAGGUGUGGCUGAAGUUGCUCAAUAUGCUGAUUGAAGACCUGGAAAGUUUUCCAACACCUAAGCUGGAGGGCUGCUCCAAUCUGACGACUUUGGACAUCCAAAUCAAGAAACUGCGAGACAGCGCUUUGACCUCUAUCAUGGAAUCAGCCAGGAGGAUGAGAGAAGAGGCCAGAGAGAUCCCAGACACGCUGUCGGACAUUGAAAGCUGGGUGGAGAAACUCCAACAGCUGGCUGAAGAGCCUCAGAACAGCAUGCCUGACGUGAUCAUCUGGAUGCUUCGCGGUGAGAAAAGGGUGGCCUACAGUCGUGUUCCAGCUCACCAGAUUCUGUUCUCCACAUACAGUGAGCAGGCCUGUGGGCAACACUGUGGCAAGACUCAGACCAUCUUUUUACAGUACCCCAUGGACAAGACCAAAGGCUUGAAGGUGCCAGUUCUGAUCAGAGUCAACAUGUGGCUCGGCCUCUCUGCACAUGAGAAAAAGUUCAACGCUUUCUCUGAGGGAACCUUCAGUGUGUUUGCUGAGCUYUACGAGAACCAGGCAAAAGUCUUUGGAAAGUGGGGGACCACAGGUCUGGUGGGACGCCACAAAUUCUCAGAUGUGACGGGRAAACUGAAGCUGAAGCAGGAGUAUUUCAUACCACCCAGAGGAUGGGAGUGGGAGUCUGACUGGUUCAUCGACCCAGAGAAAGCGCUCCUAACCGAGGCAGAUGCAGGACACACUGAAUUUAUGGACGAGGUUUUCCAGAACGAGAGCCGUUUCCCCGGCGGAGAGUGGAAGGCCGCCUCUGAGCCGUUCACUGACGUGAAUGGAGAGAAGAGUCGUAACCCGACAGAGUUUGACUGUCCUCCAGGUUGGACAUGGCAGGAUGACUGGACAGUGGAUGUCAACAGAGCUGUGGACGAUCAAGGCUGGGAGUACGGCGUGACCAUCCCUCCAGAUGACAAGCCUCGAUCCUGGGUGCCUGCAGAGAAGGUGUACCAUGUCCACCGCAGGAGGAGGCUGGUUCGACCCCGGAAGAGAGCUCCUGGAGGGGCAACCAUUGAGAGGAAAGAUCGGGGUGACCCAGAGGGCUGGGAGUUCUCCUCCCUCAUUGGCUGGAAGUUCCACAGAAACGAACGUUCCUCAGACACGUUUCGUCGAAGGCGCUGGAGGCGAAAGAUGGCGCCCGAAGAUCGCCUGGGAGCAUGUGCCAUCUUCCAGCUGGAGGGGGCACUGGGUAUUGAUACAGAGGAGAAAGAAAAGGUCGAUGCCACCAAGUUGUUUGGGGCCAACACGCCCACGGUGUCCUGCUCCUUUGACAGAUCAUAUGUGUACCACCUUCGUGUGUACGUCUAUCAGGCAAGGAACCUGAGGUCUAUGGACAAAGAUAGUUUUUCUGAUCCAUAUGCACACGUCUCCUUCCUUCAUCUUAGUAAGACAACAGAGAAGCUCAAAGCAACACUGAACCCAACUUGGGACCAAACUCUGAUUUUCAAUGACAUUGAGAUUUAUGGAGACCCCCAGAGCCUUGCCAAUGGUCCCCCCGAUGUGGUGCUGGAGUUCUACGACAGUGACCAAGUGGGGAAGGAUGAAAUGCUUGGCCGCAGUGUUUGCAGCCCAUUGGUGAAGCUGAAUCCUGGUGAGGAUGAGACGCCGAGGCUGCUGUGGCGUCCCAUCAUCCAGAAGGGCCAGAAGGCUGGGGAGGCACUGGUAGCUGCCGAACUCAUACUUAAAAGCAAGUCAGGUGAGUCAGAACUUCCCCUGCUACCAUCAAAGAGAGCUGAGAACCUCUACAUGGUUCCUCAGGGCAUUCGGCCUGUGGUGCAGCUCACGGCUGUGGAGAUUCUAACAUGGGGUCUGAGGAACAUGAAGCCCUUUCAGCUGGCCUCAGUGACUUCCCCUAGCCUUGUGGUGGAGUGUGGGGGUCAGAGAGUGGAGUCGGCGGUCAUCAAGAACAUGAAAAAGAGCCCCAACUUCCCCAGCUCUGUCCUCUACAUCCAAGUGCUCCUUCCAAAGGAUGAGAUGUACACCCCUCCCAUCGUGCUGAAGGUGAUUGACCACCGUCCAUUCGGCAGGAAACCGGUGGUGGGUCAGUGCACCAUCACAUCUCUGGAGGAGUUCAGAUGUGACCCGCAUGUCAUCGUUUCAGAGGGGGCUAGGGCCUCCAAGAUGGCUCUGAUGAUGGCUUCACCUCCUAAAGAUGUCUCUAUUACCAUUGAAGAGACGAGACCACUGCUUGAAGCUCAGUUUUUGUACAGCGUGUCAGCUGCUGUCAACAGAAUGGCUUCCCUUGAUUCCUACAUUCUUGUAGAGAAGGAAAAAGAGACGGUUGAUUGGUGGAGUAAAUUCUACGCUUCAGUCGGAGAUCAGGAGAAAUGUGGACCUUACCUAAAGAAAGGCUACGAUACCCUCAGAGUGUACGACAGRGAGCUAGAGGACGUCCCGGAGUUUAAAGGGUUGACUGACUUCUGCAACACCUUCAAGCUGCAGCGAGGCAAGAAUGAGAACGGGGARGAGGAUCCCUCGGUGGUUGGAGAGUUCAAGGGUGCGUUCAAGGUGUACCCUCUGCCCGAUGACCCAGGUGUUUCUCCUCCGCCCCGUCAGUUCAGAGAGCUACCAGAAAGUGGACCUCAGGAGUGUCUUGUCAGGAUUUAUGUGAUCCGAGGAAUAGACCUGCAGCCUAAAGACAAUAACGGCAAGUGUGAUCCAUACAUAAAAAUAUCAGUGGGAAGAAAUUCAGUUGAUGACAGAGACAAUUACUUACCCAACACCAUUGACCCUGUGUUUGGAAGGAUGUUUGAGAUGACGUGCUUCCUGCCCCAGGACAAAGACCUGAAAAUCUCAGUUUAUGACUUUGAUCUCCUGACUCGCGAUGAGAAGGUUGGGGAGACCSUGAUCGACCUGGAGAACCGCUUCCUGUCUCGAUACAACGCCUACUGUGGCCUUCCACAAACCUACUGCAUUUCUGGUAUCAACCAAUGGAGGGAUCAGCUGAAGCCAUCUCAGAUCCUGGAGAACUUGGCUCGACUGAAAGGACUGUCCAAACCCAGGUCUGAAGAAAACGGCACAUCGCUCACUUUCAAUGGGAAUGACUACACACUGGCUCAGUUUGAGAACAACAAAGAAGUCCAUCAACACUUGGGUCCUCCUCAUGAGCGACUCUGUCUGCACGUGCUCAGGACGCAGAAGCUUGUCCCUGAACAUGUGGAGACCAGGACYCUUUACAGCACCUAUCAGCCAAAUAUAUCUCAGGGAAGACUCCAGAUGUGGGUGGAUGUUUUCCCUAAAAGCAUCGGYCUUCCUGGUCCUCCCUUUGACAUCACACCACGCAAGCCGAAAAAGUUCUUCCUGCGUGUUGUCGUCUGGAACACCACAGAGGUGACUCUGGACGAGACCAGCAUCACAGGAGAAAACAUGAGCGACAUCUAUGUCAAAGGCUGGAUGCCAGGCAUGGAGGAGGACAAGCAGAAGACUGAUGUCCACUACAGGUCUUUAGACGGAGAUGGGAACUUCAACUGGCGGUUUGUCUUUGGCUUUGAAUUCCUGCCAGCAGAACAACUCUGCCUUGUAUCUAAAAAGGAACACUUUUGGAGUCUUGACAAAACUGAGUUCAGGAUUCCUCCCAGGCUGAUCGUCCAGAUUUGGGAUAACGACAAGUUCUCACUGGAUGAUUACCUGGGUGUGGUUGAGCUGGAUCUGCGUAAGCUGGUUCCUCCUUCUAAGACCCCAGAGAAGUGUUCUCUGAAGAUGAUGGACGAUCAGGACAUGAACAGACCCAACAAGCUGGACAUCUACAAGUCUCUGUUUGCUCAGCAGUCUGUCAGAGGCUGGUGGCCAUGUAUGAUCGAGAAAGAUGGCCAGAAGGUCCUGGGUGGAAAGGUGGAGAUGAGUGUGGAGAUUGUGAGUGAAGCUGAGGCAGAUGAGAGACCAGCAGGAAAAGGAAGAGAUGAACCAAACAUGAACCCAAAACUGAACCCUCCCAACCGCCCAGAAACAUCCUUCUUUUGGUUCACGAACCCAUGCAAGACCAUGAAGUUCAUUGUGUGGAAAAAGUUCAAAUGGGUCUUCAUUGGACUCAUCAUCCUCAUCAUUUUGCUCCUCUUCCUCGCCAUCCUGCUCUACUCUUUACCGAACUACAUCUCCAUGAAGAUCGUUAAGCCACUUCAGUAACCGCAGCAAGGAUCACAUGAACUCAAGUUUUGAGAUUUUUUUUUUUCUAACUGCGUGGUGUUUAUAAUUAGGGGUGCUCAUAAAUGUGCACUAUAGCACACAAAGUUCUUUUCUACACGACGUCAUUGUGACCAACUUGUGAUAGCUUUAAAGAGACGUGAACAUCUGAGUCGUUUCUAAACCACAGAAAUCAACUUGACAUUGCAGACUUAAGGGUUAUUUUUUUUUUUUUUUUGGAACAAACACUUUGUGGAAGUGCAAGUUCAGUCUUCUGCAGGGUUUAGGUUUGUUAGAAUCUUUUAUAUUUGUGCACACUGAUAUCUGAAGUUGUUUAAGGUGGUAAUUUUAUUGUGACUGAUAUUAAAUUGCAUUACGAGGUGGGUUUCGAUUUACCCURAAUUUGUGCCAAAUGAAAUAAGUGGAAAAAGUAAUUAAGUGUUUUAAAUGUUUAGUUAUUUUAAAUAAUAAAAAAUCAACAGAAAUCUGAA